CCGGAAGUGAGCGCGGAUCACACUCGCGCAGCUCUUUCCUGUGUGAUGCUACAUCAGAGAGCUGCCGGGCCGCCCGACCUGGGAUGGAUUUAGAAGAAGCUUUUCAAGUUGUGGGCGAGUUUGGACCCUACCAGCAGCGGGCGGUGGCUGUUCUUGUUCUGACCCAGGUGUACAUGGCCUGUCAGUCCAUGCUGAUCGUUCUGAUUGGAUCCACGCCGAAGUACCGGAUCGAGCAGCUGGACGGCGUCGGCAGCAGCCAGCGGGAGCUCGUUACCUUUACAGAGGACACCGACUCCAUAGUGACCGAGUGGUUUCUCAUCAGGCAUCAGGCCUAUAAGGUCAGUCUAGCAGGGUCGCUGUUCUUCGCCGGGCUUCUGGUCGGGAACAUCGUCUUUGGGCCGCUCUCGGACAGGAUCGGCAGGAGACCUGUCUACCUGACAGGCCUGUUUUUCGAGGUGAUCUUUGGCUAUGUGACCGCCUUCGCCCCCAGCUACGAGGUGUUCGCCGUGUCUCGCCUCCUGGUGGGGCUGAUGAACGGCGGCAUCGGCCUCGUCUGCUUUGUCCUCACUCAGGAGUACGUGGGCAAGUCGUACUGGGCCAUGACGGGGACGUUGACCAGCAUGACCUUUGCCGUCGGCAUCGCCCUGUUCGGAGCUCUGGGCUACUUCAUCCAGCCGUGGAGGAACCUGGCUAUGGCGUCCAACUCGUCCGGCGUCCUGUUCCUCCUGCUGUCUGUCACUCUUCCCGAGUCUCCACGCUGGCUGUAUUCGAAGGGUCAGACGCAGCGAGCAGAAGAGGUGCUGCGCUACAUGGCGCUGAGGAACGGCAACCCUGCCAACAACCUGGUUUUGAAACGCGUCUGCGCUGCUAAAGCCGGAAACCGUGACGGCAGGGGGGCAGGUGUCCUGCAGCUGGUGAUCCAUCCGGUCCUCCGUCUGAGAACCAUGGUGCUCAUGUAUGUCUGGUAUGCGUGCAGUCUGGUGUACUACGGUCUGACUCUGGGGGCCAGCGAGAUGUCUGGUAGCCGUUAUAUGAACGUAGCCAUGUACGGCCUGGUGGAGCUGCCCGCCUACCCGCUCUGUAUAUACUUCAUCAACAAACACUGGUGAGACACACACACACGC